CGGCGGUGCCGCCUGACGGAGCGGCGCGGAGGUUGCCCAGUCACUAUGAACAAUGGCCCAGCUAUACUACAAAAAGGUAAAUUACUCACCAUACAGAGACCGGAUCCCGCUACAGAUCGUGCGGGCAGAGGCAGAGCUGUCGGCGGAGGAGAAAGCCUACCUCAGUGCUGUGGAGAAGGGGGACUAUGCCAGUGUGAAACAUGCCCUGCAAGAGGCAGAGAUCUACUACAACAUCAACAUCAACUGUAUGGAUCCUCUCGGUCGCAGUGCCCUUUUAAUAGCCAUAGAGAAUGAAAACCUGGAGAUCAUGGAGCUGCUGCUGAGCCACAGCGUGUACGUGGGCGACGCGCUGCUCUACGCGAUACGCAAAGAGGUGGUGGGAGCUGUGGAGCUGCUGCUGAACUACAGGAAGCCGAGCGGUGAAAAACAGGUUCCAACCUUGAUGAUGGACACCCAGUUUUCAGAGUUCACUCCAGACAUCACACCAAUCAUGCUGGCGGCUCACACCAACAACUAUGAAAUCAUCAAACUGCUUGUCCAAAGACGGGUAACGAUUCCACGCCCACACCAGAUCAGAUGCAACUGUGUGGAAUGUGUCUCCAGUUCGGAGGUGGACAGCCUGAGGCAUUCCAGGUCAAGGCUGAACAUCUACAAAGCCUUAGCCAGCCCUUCAUUGAUUGCCUUAUCAAGUGAGGAUCCCAUUUUGACAGCCUUCCGACUGGGCUGGGAGCUGAAGGAGUUGAGCAAAGUGGAAAAUGAAUUCAAGGCUGAAUAUGAAGAACUUUCACAGCAAUGUAAGCGUUUUGCCAAGGACCUUUUGGAUCAAGCACGGAGCUCCCGAGAACUGGAGAUCAUUCUCAAUCACAGAGAUGAUCAAAGUGAAGAGCUGGACCCCCAAAAAUGUCAUGAUUUGGCAAAGCUAAAGGUAGCAAUAAAGUACCACCAGAAAGAGUUUGUUGCUCAGCCAAACUGCCAGCAGCUACUAGCAACACUUUGGUACGAUGGUUUUCCAGGAUGGAGGCGGAAACACUGGGCAGUAAAACUGUUGACCUGUGUCACCAUUGGACUGCUGUUUCCCGUGCUGUCCGUGGCGUAUCUGAUUGCACCGAAGAGCAGGCUGGGACUGUUCAUUAAAAAGCCAUUUAUAAAGUUUAUCUGCCACACUGGCUCUUACCUGACCUUCCUCUUCAUGCUCCUGCUGGCGUCGCAGCACAUCGUCAGGACUGACCUUCACAUGCAGGGGCCACCUCCCACCAUCGUGGAGUGGAUGAUCCUGCCCUGGGUUCUAGGUUUUAUCUGGGGAGAAAUCAAGGAAAUGUGGGAUGGUGGAUUCAAUGAGUAUGUACAUGACUGGUGGAAUCUGAUGGAUUUUGCAAUGAACUCCCUCUAUCUUGCAACUAUCUCCCUUAAAAUUGUUGCCUAUGUCAAGUAUAAUGGUUCCCGUCCAAGGGAGGAAUGGGAAAUGUGGCACCCGACCCUCAUUGCAGAAGCCCUCUUUGCAAUAUCCAACAUUUUAAGUUCCUUGCGUCUCAUAUCCCUUUUUACAGCCAAUUCCCACCUGGGACCCUUGCAGAUCUCUCUGGGACGCAUGCUGCUGGACAUCCUUAAAUUCCUUUUUAUCUACUGUCUGGUGCUUCUGGCUUUUGCAAAUGGACUGAACCAGCUUUAUUUUUAUUAUGAGACCAGUGCCUCGGAGGAGCCCAACAACUGCAAGGGGAUCCGAUGUGAGAAACAGAACAAUGCCUUCUCCACACUUUUCGAGACCCUCCAGUCACUCUUCUGGUCUGUGUUCGGUCUGCUGAACCUCUAUGUCACCAACGUGAAAGCCAGGCAUGAGUUCACAGAAUUUGUUGGGGCCACUAUGUUUGGGACCUACAAUGUCAUCUCCCUUGUUGUGCUGCUGAACAUGCUCAUAGCCAUGAUGAACAACUCCUACCAGCUCAUUGCUGACCAUGCAGACAUUGAAUGGAAGUUCGCACGGACGAAGCUCUGGAUGAGUUACUUCGACGAAGGUGCCACUCUGCCCCCUCCCUUUAACAUUGUCCCCAGUCCUAAGUCAGUCUGGUACCUUUGCAAGUGGAUCCACAACCAGCUGUGCCCAGGUGAUGACUCUGACAAUGAACAGAAGAGGCAUGAAAACCUCAAAACAUUCACAGAACGACACGCUGACAACCUGAUUCAGAAUCAGCAUUACCAGGAAGUAAUAAGAAAUCUUGUGAAAAGAUAUGUUGCAGCAAUGAUAAGGACUUCCAAAACCAACGAAGGCUUAACUGAAGAAAAUUUCAAGGAAUUAAAACAGGACAUCUCAAGUUUUCGCUAUGAGGUUCUUGACCUCUUAGGAAACAGAAAGCCCCAGAGGAGGAGUUAUUCAACCAGCAGCACAGAGGUGUCCCAGAAGGAUGAAACAAAUGAGGACGGUGCUGGAGAAAAAUCCAGAGCCAAGAGCGUGUCUUUCAAUGUAGCCAACAAAAAAAAGGACUUCAAUGUAUCUGCUCUGAUUAAAACCAUGUCUGGGAUCGAUAUUGUGGAAGAGAAGCCAAAAAGCAAUGGGAUCAGUAAGCGCUCCUUUGUCCGAAACGGAAACAGAGUUCAGAGACUCUCCAGCUCCAAGAAGGAAUCCUUCAAGAGACUGGGCCUGCUCUUCUCCAAGAUGAAUGGACACGUACCUGAACCUAGUUCAGAACCCAUGUACACUAUUUCAGAUGGAAUUAUUCAGCCACACUACAUGUGGAAAGACAUUAAAUAUUCUCAGAUUGACAGAGAGAGAGAAGAGAAUUGUUCCAGAAGUGAAAUUAACCUCAAUGAGGUGGCCUACAGUGGGAACACAAGACUCACAGGACAGAGCAAGGAAUGUCCUGUGGUUUGUGCCAGCUCCCUUCACUGUGCUUCCAGUAUUUGUUCCUCUAAUUCCAAACUUAUAGACUCAUCAGAGGACGUGUUUGAUUCCUGGGGAGAGGCCUGUGACUUGUUCAUAAACCAGUGGAAAGAUGGACAGGAGGAUCACGUUACCACUCGGCUCUAAGUAAAACUAUCUUAACACUCACUGGAAAACCUACCCAAGAAUUGGUAAUUGUUUGCUCUCAUCUGAUUCAGCAUUACUGUUCCCUUUCUGUCCACAGGUGAAAAAAAAGUGUAAACACACUUAUGUUAGCCCAUUUUAUAACCAUCUGCACAUUUUUUAAUUUAUUUUUUUACACUCGCUAAUACUAAACUAAAGGUUUCACCAUUUAUAAGGUCACUAUAAACCACAGGAAUCCCUUCAGAUGUAGUCUUAGUCUUCAAACCCCACAGACUUCAGAUGCACUGGUGGCUGAGGAAAGGAUUUCUCCAGUGGUCCCACCAUCAUUCCACCACAGGUGGGUUUCCCUGCUGUCCAUCACCGUUGGCUCUGCGUCCUGCUCAGUUUUCCUCAUCAACGUGACCAGCUGGUGAGCAGGAGGAUGAGAACCACAUUUAAAAUCUUUUUAAAAAGGGUUUCAACUUAUAGCCUGUUCUUUGUUUCCUUUAAGCAAUAUGACUUCUGGUUCUUUUGGCUGUGCAUGUUUUUUCAGGUCAUUACAUUAAUAUUGUAAAUUGUUAUUGAAUAUGAGACCCCUUUGAUCAUCCAGCUGGAACAUGUUAUUAUUUGCUUAUUUGCCUAAUUUGCCUUUUAGGGAGCAGAAAGACCUUCCAGUUAGGCUGACAGUGGGAACCAGCACCUGGCUUUGCUACCAGCUUCUGUGUAGAUGAACUGACCCCAAACCAGCCGUAGCUGCUUGAAAUACAAACCUCAGUGUAGUUUGGCUGAACCAAAACCCAGCUCUAAGCCUUGCCCUUGUUUUGCAAUUCCUAAUCUUAUUUCCACCACUGCAUUCACUUUUUGCUGUAUCUCUGAUGGAUGUCAGGCUUCAGGGAGAAAACCAUUCUCCCCAUGUAUGGCAAGUGCUAAGAGGGAUCAUCUUCCCUGGGCCCCUGAGCUGCAUUUCUCAAAAGCAGCCUAAGUAGUAGAGGCUCAAACUGCAUCAGCAGCACGGAAUGGCUCUGCAGCUCCUUUUCUGAGGUGCAGCAAAAAGGAGUGUGGCAGUAGGUAGCAUCUUUUAUCUCCCCAGCUGUGGUAGUGGUAGUGUCUGUGGCUUACCACUGUCACUACUUUAGUUCCAAGGAGCAUCAGAGCGGGGAGAAGACAACCUCAUCAAGGGCAAAAUGGUUGAAUUCUUAACAGUGAUUUUUAGUUUUUGGGUUUUUUAAUUUUAUUUUUAACAAUGUGAUACUUGAACUUUCUUCUGCAGUGUUGCUAAGAAACACUUACCACCACUUCAGAGCUGUUAUUAGUCAGCUGCUUUCUUGGAGGAACCAAGUCCUGAGGAGGAGCUCAGGAAUGGCUUUGUUCUUGCCCUCAUGCAGGGCUGUGUUCCCAGGAGAGGGUAUGUGAGCUGCAGCAUUUCCCAAGGGCAGCUGCCAAAAAUCACCUCAUCUGUGAACUGAGCUGUGAAUUGCCCUUGGAAAAGCAUAAUGCUGGAAAAUCUACUCCUGCCACUGCAGUGGGUCAGAUUUUAUCAGCAAGGGGCACUAGCAGCUCUUGUGGCAGCAUGGAGGAUGGGGAGGAGAGGGAUAAGGGUUGCUGGGACACCUGCAGCUGGAUACUCUGCCCAGGUUUUAAACCUGGCUCCCUUCUUUUGUGAAGGAAAACCACCUUGUUGGGUUUUUCCUUUGGGCACCUGUGCAGCUUCAUGUAACGGGCCCAACGGAGCACAGAAAUCAGGCAGGAAUGUGAAUGAUGCAGCCAGUUCCUGAAGCAGAGCUGCAGGUGCCAACACACUGGACUCAUGGAAGUUUCCAAUACAGACCUCAAAAUACAAUACAGCCCUGCUGUCAAGAAAAAUCAGCAACUAGGAGCAGAGACUCAAAAAUGUUUCUGUAUUCCUAGAGUAAAAUGACCCCAGUCUUGUUAACAGCAGGCAGCGUAAAACCCAAAAUAUUUAAGCCUCUAGAUGUGUUAGCUAAAGGCAGAGCGAAAGGCAUUUUGUAUCAACAGAUUUCAGGCUUUCAUGCUAAUUGCAGGGUUAGAGUUGUCUUUGAAAACUGCAUCUCCUCUUCCUUCAUGGAAGGCUGAGCAAAGUGACAUUUGUGCUACACAAGGAGACUUGCAAAAUUCAAGGGUCAGGAACAGCUUGGUGAUCAUUCUGUGAGGAAAUCCAGCACUCCUGUCUCUUAGAAGCAAAUCCAUCAGUGCAGGAAGGCUGCAGUGAGAACCCACCAAAAGUAAUAGAGCAGCUCACACUUAAAGCCCCACAGUUCAAUAAACCAAACCAAGGACAUUUCUAUAAAGAUGAACAUUAGCAGGAGCUGCUGCAGGGGCAUGAAGGAAAGGCUUUGAAUCCUUUGAUGCCUCACCUAACCACCCUGCAGAUCUGUGAAGUCUACUUGACAUGGGGCCAGCAAAUAUAUUUGGUAUUUCCUGUGUAAGGAGUAAGAAUGAAAACAAUUCAAGUACAGUUAUGCAGAUUACACCAAAUGGGCUUGAGGCUGUGCCAGAAACAGAGUUUGUGUCCUUGGACAGUGGAAAGUCUUAAGAACAAGCACACUGCUACUGGUGAUGAUGAUAUUGUGUCAUUUAAACACAGCAUUGCAUUAACAGGUACAGACAACAAAACGAAACGUAAUUAACUCUGCAGUGCUGCCCCCAAAAACGUAAAAAUCCCUUCCAUGCAAACUGUGUGAGUCAUGUUCUCCUGCUGUGGCCUGAAAGGGCAGGUGUCAGGAGGGAUAAAACUGUCUGCAAAACCCCUUGUAAUGCUGUGCUAAAGGGGGAAGGUACAUCACAUGGCUGCUCAGCUGGGGCUCCCCCGGGGUUUGUUUCAUGACUCAGAUCCUUCCUUGCUCCCAGCUAUGAGGGAGUCUGAGCUGACUUUAAUUUAACACAAAUAUUUGAUUUGGCUGUGAUUAAUGCAUGUGUCCAGGAGUUUGCAAACUGUCAAAUUGGUCCCCCAAAAGGCAAAAUUCUCUGUGAUUGCAUCUAUGCAUCCCCAGCGGUAGCAAUAGACUUCAUAGCAGCUGAUGAAUUAUUAUUUUGCUAAAACAGGAGCUUCAGGGGAGGGAAAUUGAAGUAUCUUCUGCAAAACACAUUUGAUUGAAAAAACCAACCCCGGUUUUGGUUAAUUCACUUGCAGUUACAGUAUUUGAGAUUUCACCAGCAUUCUUCCAUUUUCAAUUGCUGAAAAAGAAAACACGUUUUAGUGAAAGUUAUUCUCAGUGAACAACCACUGUGCUGUCCCUGCAAGAAGCAGGGUAGGAGCCAAGGGGACAUCGAGUUUCUCCUGUGAGGAGUUAAACUUUUCCUUGGCUUGGGUUCAAGACCUUACACAGCUGAGCUCCAACUGUACACACUUGGCCUUUAUUCUCUGGGCUUCAAGACUAAUCCAUAAAUACAUGCAAAGAAUUUGGAAUUAGGAAUAAUAGAGAUCUCAACCACUUGCCCUUCCUUAGGUUUCUUGCUCUUGAAGUUGCAUUUUUUCUCAUCUCCCAGCCCAGUGUCAUUUUCACUGGCUUUUUAAAGCAGCACACCUGCAAACGGUCAUAGAAUCACGGAGCUGUUUGGGUUGGAAGGGACCUUAAAGUUCUUCUUGUUCCAACUCCCCUGCCAUGGGCAUGGACACCUUUCACUAGACCAGGUUGCUCUGAGCCCCAUCCAACCUGGCCUUGAGCAUUUCCAGGGAUGGGGAUCAUCAGCAAUUAAAAAGUCAACAAAUACCAUCCAGGGUUAAGAAUAUCAAGUAGAAUUGUGAGAUGUUUGUACUCAGGUGAGAGAUCAUAUAAAUUGCUUCAGGAACAAGACAUUCACUGGCACAUCUGUGCAGAUUAUUUGGGUACCUGCAUUGGUACAUCCCUCACUCACUGGUAUAUAUGUAAAUACUCUGUACCUGUACCUGUGACCCCGCAGAGGGCAGUGGGCAGAGCUGGGGGGAGCAGGGUGAGCUGAGCUCUGCUCCCCGCUCUGCCACCGCCUCACCCGUGACCUUGGGCAAGUCACUCGGCCUCUCCAAUGCCUCAGUUUCCCCAUCUGUAAAAUAGGGAUAAUAACACUUACCUACCUCGCAGGGGGGGUUAGUUCAUUAUUUAUAAGCACUUUCAGAUCUUCAAAUUAAAGGCGCUAUAUACAGCAAGUAGUUAAUAUUCGUAGUGCUAGUAUGUACUUUUAUUUUCUUACAACGAAUUCAGGUUAGGAGUUAACUGUAUGUCCGUUAGGAUAGUUUUCCAUGUAGGGAACUAGCAUGGUUUCCCAUGAAGGGAAUUUAGGGGACUUCUGCAGUAGACAGAGAGCAGGAACAGCAUACCCUGGAAGCCUAAAUUCUGACACCCUUGCUUUUGUUAUUUAUGUCUCACCCUUAAUGUCACCUUCAUGUAUUUGUGUUUCAUCCUUUUUCCAACAGUCCAUGUAACAUGAUUUUUAGCAGAAACAGCCACUGUAAAUAUUAAAAAUAUUUAAAUAAAUAUAAUAAUGUACAAAUAUAAACAUAAACCCUUACCUUCUAAGGAGGUUAAAAUUGGUUGGUGCAACAGACUUCUAAGCAUGGGAAGGUUCCACAGGUCCAGCACUGAUGCACAUGCACACCAGGAUACUGGAACAGGGCUUUAGGAAAAUUUCACCACAUCACCAUCUCCAUAGUAGUCACUUUUCAACCUAUCACUGGCAAGGGCAGCAAGUCACAUGGGUGUGACUGGUGUCACUGGAGCAGGGUGGCUCUGCUGCAUGUUCUGCCCCAAGAGAGGGUAAAGGCAGCUCCUGGACCCCGACCUCAGGUAGCAGAGUGUGGCCAACACAGUGCUGCUGGAGGAACCAUCCUGGACAGCAGGAGAAUGUCUCCUGCAUCCCUACAAAGGGGCUUUCCCCCCAGAUUUCUCUGUACAAUUUAUUUUCUUCAGUGCUUACUCAGGAUAAAGGUGUGAGGUUUGAGCAGCAGGAGCUCCAAGAUUUGACUGGCAGAGUAAGGGCACUGUGAGCAUUCUAAGCUCCAUUCCAGGAAUAUGAGGAGUUGCAGGUAAUGUGCACUGGCUAUCUGGACAUUACUAAUGGUGUAAGAUAUCUUACAAAGCAAAGAUAUCUGGACAGUUACUAAUGGUAUUAGCAAGGAUCUGACUGCUGGGUUUUCAGGCACCUGCUGCUCUUACACCAUUGAGCGUAUGUUCUGCUUCCCUGGGGACUUCUCAGCUUUGCUUUGGUAUUGCUACUUUUCUUUCCAAAAGGCCAAAAUCCCAAAGAAUAGCAUAUUCCAGUUAAUCAGGAAGAGGUUCAGUUUUGGUUUAACUCCUGGUUGAGUUCUCCUUCAACAAGUUAACUCGUCCUGUCCCUCAGACAUGUCUGUGAGAAAGCUCUGCAGAGGCUCAAAGGCUGAUCUCCAAAGAAACAGGAACCUCCUCCCACCUCUGUUGCAAUUCCACACACAGAAUGGCUAAAAAUAAGCAAAAAUAUCUGAACCACCAGGGAUGCCUAGAAUUAAUGAAAGUUGUUACUUAACUAAGAACUCCCUGGAGUUGGUUUUGGGGUGGAUGGACUGCAAGGACCUCUCCUUCCCAAGAGGGACUCUCUGGGCCCUCCAGCACUGUAUCCCCAGCUGAGGCAGGUGAGAUGGCUGGUCACACCUUCCCAGGUGUGCUGGAAGCAUCAGACAUUCUAAUUCAUGUCAUGGUAAAAUUAAUUGGAAUCAGUGAGACUACAGUGGAUAAUAAAUCCAUUCACUGGAGAAGCAUCUAAAAUAAACUGUUCCCAGUUUGCAGUGAAUGUGUAACUUGAAAGAGCUAUAAAGUCCCUCCCUUACUGGAUUUUUCUGGAGGAGGUGGGGACCACGCUGGGCUAGCCACAUCAGCAUAUUUCCUAAAUAUCUGUAAUUUGAUUAAAUUUCAUUUUCACACUCUUUCCCCAUUUCAGGCCAUUUUUACGAACAAGUAAUUUCUGUACUAUUCACGUAACUGCCUCCACCCAGACCAACUACUUUUUGUUUGAUCCUUAUCUUCCAAAUGUUUGACAGUAUUUUGUGCUCCAUGGAAAUACUUUUACCUGCUCUUUUUUUUUUAAGGUGUGCAAAGCAAAACCAACCCCCAGCCAUAAGAGCAAUAGAACCUCCUAAUAGAGCUCAAACCACUUGCAAUUUUAACAGCCAGACUGAUCCUGCAGUUCCUUCCUCACAAACAGAAUCACAGAAUGGUUUGGGUUGGAAGGGACCUCUGGAGAUGAUCCAGUCCAACCCUCCUGCCCAGGCAGGGCCAUCUGACAGACCCUUAAUCAAUACUCACCAACUCCAGGCCCCAGUGCAGCCCGUUCCCCCUGCCUACCCUGUCCUCUGCCAGCAUGGCUUUUUUGAGUUAUUUGGGGGACUUUUUAAUUUUCCUUUCCCAUUUAAAGCACUUCCAUCUCAGCAGUAGCUCCUAAGCCAGAAGAGAUGCUGUGCUUAGGACUAAGAUGUGAUCUGUCAAGGAGCUGGCCUUUCAGCACGUUAGCCAACAGAACACUGUGAUACCUUCAGCCAACAGAGAGAGAUGCCUUUGGACUAUAAAGUUGUUUUGCAGCAAGGGGGCACUUUUUGGUCUAGCUAUUUUUUGGGUAUUGUACAGUUAUUUAAAAAAACUACUGAAUGUGUUAAUGAGGUGGGUCUGGGAACUAGAGGGCUAAGGAUCUUUGAGAAGCAAAAGACAGUAGCAGAUGCUUAAGUACUCUAUUUUCUAUCUGGUGAGCCCCAGAGACCGGGCUGACUCUAAAAACGGUUUUUUAAGAAAUCAAAUUUUAAUAUCAAAUGUUCAUUUCAAAAAAAGCUACCACAGAAACGGCUUCACAGCGGAGCAGAUUUUAAAAUGCCAUUUUACUUCACGGGAUAAAAAAGGUGAGGCUUUUUUUUUCCUCCUCUCCUUCUUCUUUAGUUUUGGUCAAAAACUAAAGCUUUUUCCAGGCAAAAGAGCUAUUAGAUGUAAAAAUCUGUGUAUGUAAAGACAGAGUGGCGACCUCAGCAUUUGCCAGUUAAGUGGUAAUAGCCACCUCUGGAGAAAAGGGGGAGAAAAGGGCAAGAGCAAAAAGCAAAAACAAAUGCUUAGUUUUAUGUACUUUUCUACUUGCAUCUCUUCCAUCUGUAGUGCAGAAUCCAUGUCAUACCCUCGUAUAACCUGUACAAAAUGAAACAAUGUACAUAAUAGAUAAAAUUAUUUAUUUUAUGUGUAUUUUUAGCUUAACUGUAAACUGGAAAAAAAAAAAAGGCAUUUAAUUUUUUCCCAAAAAUGUAAGCCUAUUGAAAAUCAAGGUGUUUCUACCUUUUCAAGAUGUAACAUUUCCAGCUGCCUAUUGAUAAUAAACAUUUAUGAACAGCAACA